AUGUACUACUUAGAUGAUCUGCGCAAACAAGGAGUAGACAUCUCAGACUUCACCUUAUACUGGUUGCCAGAAUUUCCUCCAGAUUUCAUGAAGAGGACACGAGAACCAUCUGAGAAGACAAAGCAGAAAAAGAGAGCAAAGCUGGGAGAAUCUUCUGGAUCAAGACCUCCAGUACCUAUGAUUGGAUCCCCUGGUAAGUCUGUACCUCUCCCUCCUUCUGUAAUAAUUAAAGCAAUUGCUUUCUCAAUCCCUCAACCUUCGCCCAUAUACACAAACUCUGAAACUCCUCCCUCAACCUCCAGACCAUCUAACCAACCUUCUCAAAAAUUCAACCUUGCCACCAUAUCUCUACCUAUUUCAGAAGCAGAAAUGUUGAAUGAAACCACUUCACCUUCCUCGUCAUCAUCUCCAGAAUCCCCACCUUACUACACCCUUUCAUCUGACACUGAACCCUCUGACCCUCACUCCCCAACUCUGGCUCAGCUUCAACACCGUGCUAUGGCCUCUCAACAGCCAACACAAUCUAUCCCUGAACCAGAAGUUACCUCUCCACCCACAGAAAACCCUAACACAACCACCUUUGAUCCUCCACCAUCCGAACCAAUCCACUAUGAAUCACAACCAUUGCAACCACAAAACUCUGAAAUACCCCAACCAACCACCUCCGCUGACCCACAAACUCCCACACUUAACUUAAGCCCCCCCACUUCUCCACCCCAAGCCUCUGAACCAGAAAGCAACCUACUGACCCUUGAGGAAGCAAUAACGUUUUUUCCAAAAGCUUCAGUUGACAAGGUAUGGGUUGGUCCGAGAUUUCAGCAGGGUAACAAUAUGGUUUUUUCGGAUCGAUCUCACAAUGAUUGGUGGCCUUUAUAUAGAGCUUUUGGGUACGAGGUUUCUUCAUCCUCGCUCUCUAUGAGCUGGCGAGUGAAUCAAGAUUUUUCCGUUAGGGAGAAUCUCUCACAGAUUUUGCAUGAUCCCUUCAAACGGAAGUGGUCCCAAAAUGAAGGUAUUAAGAAUAAGUCAUAG